CAAUUUUAGAACUCUUGCCACCUAUUCCUCAUUAGUGUUCCUGUGCUUGAAAUGGUCAUAGACCUCACAACGUGCGUCCUGAAAAGAGAAUGUUCCAGAUCAAAGAUAUGAUUCUGAGAGCCGUUGCCCUGGCUUGUCUGCUGAGUGCCCAAAGAGCUGGAGCUAUCAAGGAAGUGUCCAAGCACAGGAUGGCUUCCCCAAUGGCUGUGGCUGCUAUAGUGGAAAUCCAAGAGUUAAAAGCAGACCAUGUGUCAACUUUUGCUAUGUUUACACAAACGCAUGGUCCAUCAGGGGAGUAUAUGUUUGAGUUUGAUGAGGAUGAGAUGUUCUCUGUGAAUCUGGACAAGAAGGAGACUGUCUGGCAUCUGCCAGAGUUUGGCAAAGCCUUUUCCUUUGAUGCUGAAGGUGGGCUGAGCUACAUGGCAAGAAUGGAGAGCAACUUGAAGUAUGGGAUCCAACAUAAGAACUACACCCAAGCCACCAAUGAUGCCCCUGAGGUGACCGUGUUUCCUAAGGAGCCUGUGGAGCUGGGCCAGCCCAACACCCUCAUCUGCCACAUUGACAAGUUCUUCCCUCCGGUACUCAAUGUCACGUGGCUACGCAACGGGCAGACGGUCAUUGAGGGUGUUGGUGAGAGCCUCUUCCUGCCCAGAACAGAUUACAAGUUCUACAAGUUCCACUACCUGACCUUCCUGCCCUCAGCAGAGGACGUCUAUGACUGCAAGGUGGAGCACUGGGGCCUGGAGGAGCCUCUCCUCAAGCACUGGGAGGCCCAGGAGCCAAUCCAGGUGCCUGAGACGACGGAGACUGUGGUCUGUGCUCUAGGCCUGGCAGUGGGCCUAGUGAACAUCAUUGCUGGCACUGUCCUCAUCAUAAAGGCUCUGCAUUCCAGUAGUGACCCUCGGGACCGGGGACCUCUGGCUCUCCCUGACUCCUCACUGCUGCCCACCUGGAGGACAAUGGCAAGUGCAAGAAUGACCACCUAAUGCCUGGGGCCUGGAUGGGGCAGUGACAAGAGAGGGAACAAGUGACAAGAUUUAUGUAAAAGAAGAGGACCUAAGAGACAUCUGAACUCCAGCUGCCCUGCAACCUCAGUCUCAACUUCCUUUCCCACUUUUUGUGCUCUCCACCCCAAAUUAUUUGCUGAACCCUUUAAGUCCUGUCAUCUUCUAUGACCUUAAAGCUCCCAGGCUGAGCAAGUUUCCUGGCACAUAGAUGGUAAUUAAUAAAUGUUGACAUUUUUGUAGCACUACUGUGGAGAUAGUUCCCUUACUGGGCUUCCAUCCACUUUGAGGAAAACUUCACUGACCUUUGCUAUGGAGAAAUGAGAGAUGAAUCUCGAGAAAGUUUGAACCAUGUAGUUCUAUGAAAUAUCAGGAUCCAGUUUUGGCAAGACUGUGGAUAUACAGGGGAAUAGUGGAGAGUGGAAAUAACUUGGGUGGUGAAAAUGGUUAACCUGCUUGGCUAUUAACAAAAGGCUGGAGGUUCAAGUCUACCCAGAAGAACCUUGGAAAAAAGUCCUGGGGAUCGACUUCUGAAAUCAGCCACUGAAAUCCCUUUUGGAGCACAGGUCUAGUCUGACACACGUGGGUCGACUCGACAGCAAUUGGGUAUUUUUCAAAGAUCCAAGCAACCAGCAUCCAGAGGAUUUUUUGUGACUGAUACUUGAAUGAUGAAAUGAGUAUUGUGUAUCAUUUGGGAAGUGAUUCUGAGGCUGGUUAAUCCCUGGCCACCAGUCAGUCCAUUCUUUGUUUCAAGGAAGAAAUGAUUAUUCAUUUCCACAGAGCAGAAGUUGUUGUUGGAGCCACACAGGACGGCAGCAGUGAACAGUAAUUUGGUGAAAAGAGUUUUGUGGAAGGAAUUGUAUCUUCCUUGAGUAUUUCUGAAUCUAAUACCCUCACACAGAAAAAUAUUCUUGAUGUCUAUUUCUCAUAAUUUUAAUGCAACGAUUUUAGUCAUUUGCCAUUUACUGUUUUGACUGAGAAGCCACAAUUUAUAUAUCUACAUAAUACAAUCUAGUUGGGGAUAUUCAAUUCACAAAAAGUUUAAGUGCUUCCUACGUGCAAAGGAGUCUUCUAAUGCAAGAAUACAACGGUCCAUAUGAUUUUAGUUCCUGCUUUUUAGGAAACCAGAGCCCACAUUAAAGACAGAUGUAGAAAAUUAACGUAAAACAACGUGGCAAGAACUACGAUAGAUGCAUCUAAAAAAAAUUAAAACACAUAUUGAUGCCAUUAAUUUUAAAGACGGAACAAAAUGGUUAAGCUUAGUUACAAACCUAUAUUUACAACAAAAGGAAACAUUUAUACGUAUAGAUGUGAGUUCCCAGAGGAAGUGAGACUGAGAAUUUAGAGGAAGGGGUUAUGUUUCAGGCUGGUAAGAGACCAGCCGGAAAAAGAACAGUAAUGAAAAACACAUGAGGGCCUAUAGGGUGCGGUCUGGAGGUGGUAGAAAGGAGUCCUGUUUGACUGGAACUGGAAUUUCUUCUUAAAUAGUGGUGGGGGAUCAGAAUGGGUAUACAGAGUUGAACUAUGCUCGUAAAGGCAUUGAAAAAUUGGCAAAAAUGAUACAUCUAGAAAGAUGGGAAUGACAACUGAAAACAACAUUAACUAUGGAAACUUCAAGCAAUCCAAGGGUAGUUAUAAGGGGUUGGGCAUACAGAUUAGAGUGGUAACAAUAGGAAUGGAAGGUGGAUAUUUACUGUGCACCUUUUGGGUUCCCAGAUGUACAUUUGAAACUGGUAUUUGAUGAAUAAGGGAAGAACAUGAGGUAUUUAGAAGAAAUGUGUUUGCUUUCCUUUUAAAGGUAGCAACCAGAGGCCCAGUCCUCAUACCAGCCUUGUAGUUUUUCUUUCUUUCUAGGUGAGCCACUUUGGAGGCAAAAGAGAGCUUUACUGGAAAUUCCAUCCCUUUUCAGAUAACUUUUUCUUUUUCCUAUAACCAAUGAGGAUAAAGAGUGAGGUAACAUCACUUGUCUCUAGCAGAUACAUUUACUCAGAAGGUCUUACCUAAAGUCUUGGGGAGAAGAUAGGGGAGGGCAUGAUGACUAAGUUAGAUGAAGAAAAAAAGGAUGAAAGCUUCCUCUAGUGGAUUGAAUUUAGACUUGGUUAGGUGGUUAGCUUGGCAACUGCACUUUGCAGAGUGAAGUAAAAUGUGGAGGGCAGAAUGGAAGAGCUAGGCAUGUAGGCUGAUCAGAGACAUGAUGUCUGACUUAGCAUGCUUCUAUGGGAAGUCCCUGGCUACGACUAAAAGUAAAAAUAAAAAGUUAAGAUGCUGCUAUUUCUACGUUAUUCCUGUCAUCAAAGAGAUCUAUUAUCCCAACUCUGAUUGUCAUGGGAAAAACUAAGGGAAAUCAAAUAAUGUAUUAUUGCUUAUUCUCUGCCAGGCAUUGAGUUAUGCCCUUCCAGAUACUUUCUUUCACUGAAUUCUCACCAUAGCCUUGCAAUGGUCGUAUUGUAUUACUAUGUUUUCAGUUAACUGCUACAUCCCCAGAGACUUGAAAUAUGCUGAUAGCUUUGUAGUAGUCAAUAAAUACUGAUAACUAGGGACUGGUCAGGAAAUUAAACAUAUUUUUAACACUUUGUUGUGAAAUAGAACACACAUGUAGAAAAAUUGUAAACCAUAAAUGUACUACUUCACAGAUCAUUAUCAUGCUACCAUCCAUGGAAGCACCAUCCAGAUCAAGAAACAGAGCACCGGGACAACACCCCAGGAGCCCUUCCCAUGCUCCUUCCUAUCCACACUCCUCUGCCUCCCCCGCCCACCCCGAGAUACCCCACCAUCCAGACUUGUAUAGCAAUUACUUCCUUGCUCUUCUGUGUACCUUUACAACCUAAUAGUCAUCCCUUCAUAUGACUAGCAACAUUAUAUGAAUUGAAUCAUACAGUAUGCUCUCUUUUGUGAUCUCAUUGUUUUCAGUUGAGCAGCCAGGAAAGGAUGGUCUUGUCAAUAAAUGUUGCUGGAUCAUUGGGAUAUCUUUACGGGAAAAAAAGGAAUUUUGACAACUGUCUGACAUGAUACACAAAAAAUAAUUCCAUGUGUAUCUCUACAUAAAAAAUUAGAAUAAAACUUCUAAAAGAUUACAUUACAGAAUAUCUUCAUGACCUUGAAGUAGAAAAAGAGUCUUAAAAUAGGAUUCAAAAAUAAUCAUAAAGAAAAUGAUUAAUGAUUAUCCAGUAGUUACAAGCAUAAAGGAUUUAAUUAGGGACACUGAGAAAUGACCAGGAAAGACCGAUGAGUGCCAUGGCAUGUACUCAGAGCUCCUGAGGAGAACCUAAAAGGAGUGUGUAAUGCUGAUACUAAGAGCCUCUCACCUGCCUGGGCUCCAAUAUUUGUGGCUAGGAAAAAGAGAAAAAAUGACGACAGAGAAACAUCCCUCAGAUAUUUUGGAAAUCGCAGAAGGGAAAGGGGCAGGUAAAUCUGAGAGACAGCAGCACAGGUGUUGAUGAAUGCUUUUUUGAUUAUAUUAAAAUUGAAGAAGAGGAGUGAAUAAAGGAUACUCAAGGGCCCAAGGAAUAUUUCUUUGAUUGAUGAUUAUAAGUUCAGUAUUUUCUAAUAUACAGGUCUAAUACUUGUCAAAAUUUUUGGUCACUAAAGUAUUCUUUUCUGUAAAUUAAAGAUUUCACCGUUUUUGAUUUUGGAAUCAGUUGGUAGGAGGCUUCUUUAGGAAGUUGCUAAACAAAUGUGCAAAAUCAAAGGGGUGGGGUGAGAGUGACAUGGCAGAGAUUACCUUCCUAAUCAUCACUUUCAAAGUCAGAAAAGGAAAAUGUCCCUUAAGGGUCAUCUCACUUUCCUCUUCAUGCAAGAUAUCAAUUAAACAGCACAUUUUAAUGGAUCAUCUAGAAAUGUCCAAGAUUAUAAGUGCUAUGUGGACCACAGAACCAUGGAGUGAAAUUGAAAGGGGAACAGUUAUUGAACACUUGCUAGGUUCCAAAGAAUGCGCUAGGGGCUGAGAACACCAGGAUGAAGAUCUCGUGAAGAUCAAUAUCCACUAGGACAGAAAGAAACAUGCAUAGAGCACGAACUCCAUGAGUCAGAGACUUUAUAUCCUUGGUGCACACUUCUCUCAGUUCCUAGAAUAAUACCUAGUUCAGAGUAAUCGUUAAUAGCUGUUGAUUUAAUAAACAAUAUACUGAGAAUAAAUCUAGAUGUGUCUAAAUUACAAUGAAAGCACAAAUGGGUAUUAAUUUAAAAGUAACAAAUAGCAGAGAAGAGGGCUGUGCACAUAGGUUGGAGUAUUUACAGGAAACUGGAAAAUAUAGUUCAUUUGCAGAAGUGAGACCUGAACCAGCCUAGAAGGAAGAUAUGAUUCAGAGGGACAGCAGGGGAAAAGAACAGUCAUGAGCCACAUGAGUAAGAGCAGUACUGGGUGGAGUCGGAAGAGGAGGUGGAUUAGGGAGAAGACCUGCUGACCGGAGUGAACACCCACAUUAAAGAACAGAGACAACCUACUUGUAGUAAGGGCCUUGGGUGCUGGGUGGAGCAGUUACUUCUUUACUAAAUUGACAUAUGCUAAAGCAAAGCAGCAAUACGAACUGUUGGUAACCCAGGUGUCCCAUGGUUAUAGGAACAGCUUCGAGAUUAGGGAGGUGACAGUAAGACUAGAGGGCUAAUAUUACUGAGUGUCUUGUACCUUCCAAAAAUUAUGCAAGGUACUAUUGGAUGAGUAGUGAAAGAAAAUGUGGAGCUUUUUACAGCUGUCUCUUUUCUUCUUGCAGAGGUAGCAUCCAAAGACUCUGUCCUUGAACACCAUGUUGCCUUUCUAUCCUGAGCCCUGGGCUCUGUCUUUUAGGUUGAAGCAGGUCAACUUGCUGGACAAAGGCCUUUAUGGAAAUCAGCUGCCUUUGUACACAACCAAGGAGUAAAGUAACAUCAUUUGUCUCCAGCAAAUAAUUCUAUAGCAUUAGCACUAACAUUAGUCUAGUUCGAAGCCCCUGAGAGAAGGUGGGGAAGCGGCAGAUUAUGAGUCACGUGGAGAUGGUCAAAUACCUGGAGUUGUGGAAAGAAACAGGAUGUGGCUAUGUGGGUUGUCAAGAACUCUCCCCUUUCCAGUUUUGAAGGAUUGCUUGGAUGGUUGAUGAAUGCUGGAAUAAGAAUACUUGUUCCUUUUCAGGUGUCGUUGGGAAGCUUCUGACCAGAAUUAAAUGGAAACGAAAUUGCUAGUAUCUGUUUUUUUUCAUUGCUGGCUGAAAAUUAAUCUCUUUGAUGCAGAUGGGGGAGAUUGAAGAAAGAGACAGGGAGACAGAGAUUGGUUGAGGGUCAUCUACCCACCUGCUGGUUAUCACAGGAAAGUGCAGGGACAAUGUUGGGAAAUGAAAUCAGUAGUUAUAGGUCUUGCUUAGGCAUUUUCCAAUUAUCUCCUUUAAUCUUCAUAAGAACUCUGCAAAUAACAUUUUACACCACUUUGGGAGGUGACAGUGGGAAUAAGGGAAAUACAUCCUAAGUUCACAAAGAAAAAGUAUUUAUUCUUUUUGGGGAAUAAAAAUUGAUUAAAAUGUAUUAGUGCUUCUAUUGUACAAAAGCAUUCUUCAAGGUGCUGGCAUUACACAAAUUAAUGGGAUUUCCAGAUCUUGUGUCCUAGGAGUUCAGAGCCUACAUAAAAUUGCUGUUACACAGUGCAACAGGAGCUACAAUAGAUUUGUUUACGAAGUGCAAUGGAAACACAAAUUGGUGGGGACUGUAGUUUUCAAAAGAAGACAAAUUUUUAAGAUGUUGUACCAACCUAUGAGUACAUUAAAAAUUAAAGAUUAGAGUUCUCAGUGUGGUGAGAACAUAAGAUUUCCCAAAAGGAGAAAAAGAGUAUGUUUCAGAUUGAUUAGGGCAAAAGAA